AAAUAAAUACUGAUAAGAUCAUGUGAAAUGGUGAAUAACAUACACCUCAUAAACAUCCAAUCUCGUUAACGAAUCAGCACCUUUUAUUUAUCUAUAUAACCAUUGCAAAUUUUAGUAAAUAGUUUAGUCACAAGAGAGAAUAUGUCUAUAAAUUACAUUUGAUCUGAAUGCUUCUCCGGAACAAGCGACCAGUGUAUGCAAACCGUGUAAAUCCGGCAUGGUAUCAGACUCAACAUGGUGUGGAAUUAUGUUUUGUUGAUCAAUGUUGCCUUAGCUUGCACUGGCUUCAUUUCAGCACAGGAAAUUGAUCUCAGUGGGUUUUCCACUACUCUGGGUAUUGGGGACAUCCCAGUGAGAGUACCCCCAUCGCAAUUUACGUUCAACAAAGACAGAGCUCCUGCCACAAUUUCAACGAGAAUAAUCGGUGGCAAUGUGGCUACAUCAAACGAAUAUCCCUAUCAGGUGGCUCUUUAUGUGUAUAUUCAGAGGAUGUUGUAUUUUUGCGGUGGUACCUUAAUAACCCAGCAAUGGGUGUUAACGGCAGCCCACUGCGCGGAAUCUGCAACAUCUAUAGUGGUCAUCCUUGGGUCGCAUAACUUGGCUGAAGAAGAAGACACGCGGAUAAUAUACAACACAUCAACGUUCAUCAUACAUGAAAACUGGGACGCUGAUACCUUACAGAACGACAUUGCACUGAUAAAAUUGCCAACGAGUGUGAAGCUCAGUAGCUACAUCAAUGUCGUGCCAAUUGCCUCUGGAAGCGAUUUGUAUGAAGGACUAACUGGUCAGUGUCUCGGAUGGGGAAAAACCCUUCUAGGUUCACUCUCUGAUGAGUUACGAUAUGUGGAUGUAGAGGUAAUUUCGAACGACAAUUGUAGUUCAUAUUCUGAUUACACGACGUACAUUAUGGAUCAGCACUUAUGUACUUCAGGGGCUGGUAUUGUGGGUUCGUGUAAUGGCGAUUCGGGAGGACCACUUGUAAUAGAAGGGACCCAAGUAGGUAUUGUGUCUUUUGGUGCCAGUGAUUGUUCAGCAGGUCUUCCCUCAGUGUUCGCUCGGCUGACAACGUUUUACGAUUGGAUAAACACCAGUAUUAACUAUUAUAAUGCAACUCUGAUGAACAGUUCAAGUAAAGGUUCAAGAACAUUGUCCACUUUAGGAUUUUUCUAUGGUGUAACAGCUACAUGGUUUAUGAUCUGUUAAAACCAUCACACAUGAAAAAAAGUAAUACGUUUUACGGUCAAAUAACUCGUAAGGCUGACUGUAUAGUUCUUAAGAUAUGCAUUCAAUUUAAUUCGGUGUUUAAACUAGACAAAAUUUGUAAAUAUUUUUUUUGUAAAUAAAGAUCAAACUACAACUUCAA